AUGUCGGCUGUGUCGUUCCUCGUAGCACUCGUGGCUGUGAUGACCAUCCAGACAUUCGAGGCUUCCUCGAGGACGACGUGUACGAGUAAUGAGAGCGACGUGUUGGAUUUCAUCCAGGUGCUUGUCGACAAUGGAAAGGUGACCGCAGGCGAUGAUCGCUCACAGCCAUGGCCUGUUGGAUUCAAAACGCGGAUCCGGCGCAGGCGACGUGGUUUUUACUCGCACUACGGCUACUAUGGACCAACGACAACUUCUGUGAGGACCACUACCACGAUGGUGACCACAACCACAACCACGACCGCUACCACGUCCACAGCUGUCGUCUGCACGACCUGUUCAGCACACGUGUGGAUUAAUGAGUUCCACUACGACAAUGCCGGAAGUGACGUUGACGAGUUUGUUGAGUUGGCAGGAUUAGCCGGGACGGACUUGACCGGCUGGCAAAUCGUUUACUACAACGGUAACGGUUCUCCUUAUGACACCGACACGCCUGGUACCGUGGUACUAACACCAAGUGCGGGAGCAACAGGUCUGAACACAUGCUAUGGCUUCUAUGUGCAGAAUCGCAAUAGCAUUCAGAAUGGAGCUCCGGAUGGAAUCGCAUUGGUUGACUCAACGGGCCAAGUAACAGAGUUCAUCAGCUAUGAAGGCACGAUUACGGCGAAUUCUGGCCCCGCAGCUGGAAUGACCUCCGUGGACGUCGGUGUAAGCGAGUCCUCUACUACUCCGGUCGGAGACUCCCUUCAACUAGCCGGCCAGGGUCUUUGUGGCCCAGGCUUCGACUGGGCAGGGCCCGUUCCCGACACUCCUGGCGCCAUAAAUGUCGGUCAAUCUUUUGAGUGA